AUGACUCUCCAUUACAUUACAACUGUAAGUAAGAUCAUCACCCUCAACCAUCACCAUGACUCUCCAUUACAUUACAACUGUAAGAUCAUCACCCUCAACCAUCACCAUGACUCUCCAUUACAUUACAACUGUAAGAUCAUCACCCUCAACCAUCACCAUGACUCUCCAUUACAUUACAACUGUAAGAUCAUCACCUGCAACCAUCACCAUGACUCUCCAUUACAUUACAACUGUAAGAUCAUUACCUGCAACCAUCACCAUGACUCUCCAUUACAUUACAACUGUAAGAUCAUCAACCAUCACCAUGACUCUCCAUUACCAACUGUAACCCCUCAACCAUCACCAUGA